AUGACUGGUUCUACUUCUUCUUCUGCGUAUACUCCUAACACAAAAUCUCCUCUAUUUCUUCUGUCGUCUGAUGUGCCUGGCGUGUCCCUGGUUCCUGUACCAUUUUCGGGGAGUGGGUUUGGAGGUUGGAAACGUAGUAUGAUAGUGUCAUUGUCUGCUAGGAACAAAAGAGCAUUUAUAGACGGUUCGUGUCCUAAACCUGCUGCAACUUUCCCUGAUUAUAAACUGGGACCACUGUAUGGUAGUGUAAAUGGGACCAAAGUUUUUGAACUAAAAAGGGAACAUGCCUCUACCUAUCACGGAUCCCUUGAUAUUGCUUCAUAUUUUACAAAACUAAAGAGAAUCUGGGAUGAAUUGGGAGUGAUGUGCAGUAGUCAUGCAAAUUCUUGCAAAUGUGCUGCUAAAGAGGGUCUCCAAAAGGAGAAAGAGGAGGACAAGGUCCAUCAGUUCCUCAUGGGAUUGAAUGAGGUUUAUGUUGGUGUGAGAAGCAAUCUGUUGAUGAUGCAACCUCUACCAUCCCUCGAUAAUGUCUAUAACAUUCUUUUUCAAGAUGAAAAUCCAGGACCUCUAACACUCUUCCGCAAGUAUUGCAAGAAGCAUGGGCACAUAAUUGAUAAGUGUUACAAGCUUCAUGGCUUUCCUACUAACUUCAAGUUUACUAAGUCUAGAAAGGCAGCUGCUAAUAUGGUGACAGAUUCUGAGUUCUCUGCUUCUGACUGCACCUCUUCCAAUCAAACCUCUAUUGUGCAUGUUGCUGAAAAUGCUUCUGUGGUGCCUGGGCUGACAAAGCAGCAAUACUCUCAACUUCUCUCCCUGUUGCAACAAUCUCAUGUCUCUGAUCCUGUACCUCAAUUCAAUAUCAUGAGUUCUGCCAACUUUGCUGGUACUCUAUUGCCUAAGAAUGUAGUGUAUAGUUUCAACUCUACUUUGCUAAACCAAUCUGAUUCCUUAACUUGGCUAGUUGACUCUGGUGCUUCUGACCAUAUGACUGCUAAUAAAGAAUAUCUCAUUAAUAUCACACCUUUACCUAUUCCUUUUCCAGUGUCUCUUCCAAAUGGUUAUAAAGUAAAAGUUACUUGCACAGGUUCCUUUGUUUUGACUGAGUCUAUAAUUCUUCACAAUGUCCUUUAUCUACCGUCCUUUAAGCACAAUCUCAUCUCUGUACACAAACUCACAGACCAAUUUGAUCGUAUAGUUCAGUUUACUAGACAUUCAUGUCUCAUACAAGGCCCUUCUCUGAAGAAGCCCCUGGAUCUUGGUAAACUGGACAGUGGGCUGUACAAAUUUGUGUGGGAAAAGCCCUCUCAACCUCAGGCUACUGUGUCAAAUGCCUGCAACAGCUUGUCAUCUUCAUUUGUUUCUGAUCAUCUUCCUUGUGCUGUAAAUACUGUUUUUCCCUCUUGUAAUAAAGUUGCUAUGAAUAAAAUGGACAUUGUUUGUCAUAAUAGACUUGCACAUGUUCCUUUUAUUAAGAUGAAAAGUAUUUCUGAAAUUUCUUCUCAUAUUUCUUCUGCACAGUCUUUUCCAUGUACUAUUUGUCCCAUGGCUAGACAAACUAGAUUACCAUUUCCUGAUAGUUCUAUUCAUAGUUCUAAGCCCUUUCAACUUGUUCAUGUUGACACUUGGGGACCAUAUCACACUUCUACAUAUUCAGGCUCCAAAUAUUUCCUUACCAUUGUUGAUGACUUAUCUAGAUGCACUUGGACUCAUCUAAUGGGGUCCAAAAGUAAUGCCUUUCCCCUCCUGAAGGCUUUUGUAUUGAUGGUUCAAACUCAAUUUCAUGUCACCAUCCAAAGCAUAAGGUCUGAUAAUGCUCUAAAAUUAGGAAAUAGCAAUGUUGCAGUUUCCUUCUUUUCUGAAAAUGGAAUCAUUCAUCAAACUAGUUGUCCACACACACCUCAACAAAAUGGUGUGGUGGAGAGGAAACAUAGAACCCUCCUAAAAGCUUCUAGAGCUUUGCUUUUCCAAUCCAAAGUACCAAUCAGAUUAUGGGGAGAUUGUCUCCUCACAGCCACAUACAUCAUUAACAGACUCCCCUCUAGACUACUACAAAAUAAAUCACCUUAUGAAUUGUUGUUUGGCAAGACACCUAGUUAUUCACACUUAAGAACUUUUGGCCGCCUAUGUUUUGCUACUGUUCCCAUUCCUCAAAGAGACAAACUGAAACCUAGAGUUAUUCCAUGUGUCUUUCUUGGCUACCCUUUUGCAAAGAAAGGUUAUAAGUUAUAUAACCUUCAGUCAAAACAGUAUUUUGUCUCUAGAGAUGUCAUUUUUCAUAAACAACUCUUCCCUUUCUCUUCAGAUUUUUCCCUUCCAAUUGUAUCAAAGUCCCCAUUGUCAACUACCUCAUCAUCUGUUCUAACCUGUUGGUUUGAACCUGAUAUGCCUCCUGAUGCUACCACUCCUUCUAGUCCUCUUUCAAUUUUUUUCCCUUUUGAUGCUCCAUCUUACCCCAAUACUACUGACAACUACCAUUCACCUUCUGUCAACCUCCCUUCACCUUCUGAUGCUUCACCUUCUUCUCACAUUACUGAUGCUUUAUUUGAAUCUGUUGCAUCUACUUCUUCUCCUGCAACCUCUGUUGCACCACUCAAGAAAUCUGCUAGAACACACACUCAUCCCUCCUAUCUAAAGGAUUACCUUUAUAAGCUACCUAGUUUUCUUUCCUGUUCUGCUAUCCAACCUGUAGAGUUUGAGCCAUAUACUUAUUCUCAGACUCCCCAGGUUCCUCACAUGAUUGCUGCUCUUCAUUUGCUUAGGUACCUCAAGGGUACUCCUAACCUUGGUCUUUUUUACUCUACCUCUACUGAUUUCUCUAUCAAGGCUUAUUCUGACAGUAAUUGGGAUGCUUGCCCUGACACUCGCAAAUUUGUUUCUGGUUUUUGCAUUUUCUUGGGUGAUAGCCUUGUUGGCUGGAAAUCAAAGAAACAGCAUGUGAUUUCUCUUUCUUCCACUGAAGCUCAGUAUAGAGCUGUUAGUAAGGCCGUUGCUGAAUUGGUUUGGCUGUCCAGGUUGUUGCAUGAUCUUACUAUUGAUGUUUCCUUUCCCAUUUCUAUUUUUUGUGACAAUAUGGCAGCCAUUCACAUUGCCAAAAAUCCUGUCUUCCACGAGCGCACUAAACAUAUUGAAGUGACUGUCACUUCAUCCGGAGCAAGUUGA